GCAAAACAAUUACGUCAAUUUUGGGGACACCUAUUUCCAGCCUUGUUCAAAAUCAGGUCACUACUCUUCCCCACACAGAGUGUACGAAGAGUUCACAACCUAUAACUGAAUCGCUUUGCACAAAUACUCUCUCAGGUAUAACUUUAUUAACAAGUUUGAUUCAUGGAGCCAUUUAAUUUAAGUCGAGGUUUUUCUUAUUUGUUAUUUUAUAAUAAGAUUCUGGUUUCAGCCAAGUGAAGACCUUUGACGUCUUGCUGAUGGAUUCUGCUCCUGUGCCUAUCACUACUGCCCUCCCUGAUCCUGGGUCCAGCCAAGUGACGACCUUUGAUGACUCCCUUUUGGAUUCUGCUCUUGUGCCUAUCACUACUGCUCUCCAUGAUCCUGGGUCAAGCCAAGUGAUGUUUGAAGACGAUUUUCCGAUCGAUUCGUCCCUUGGCCUUGAUGAUCUCAUAGAUACUGGAUCCGGCCAAGAGCCGCUCGGUGACGUUUCACCAAUUUAUUCUCCUUUGUUGCCUGAUAUUGACGUUCCUAAAGGUAUUGAUUCACAGCAUUUUAAAGAAAUAACAUUGGCUGUUCAGCUACCAUCUUCUGACUGGAACUGGGUCUAUCAUGAAAAAUCAAAAACAGCUAUAUGCAUCGGUAUUGAAAACCUUCCAGACGGCAACAUUGGUAUUUCGAAGUCAUUGCAAAUUCAAUCAACAUCGAAAGCUUCUGUUCACGUUGGAGGCCAAAAUGUAACUCUGCCUGGCUGUGAUGGAAGAUACGAAGGGUACGAUGACAUCAAUCGCUACCUUCGCAUUCUGAGCAAUGUGAAAGCUUGCAAAGGAUUUCUAAACGACGCAAUGGGAAACGUCAACGUUACCGGAAGGUGCUCAAUUACGAGAAAUGGCCAAGUGUUGCGCUCAAUCAGCUGCCGAUAUAUAGCCUCACCUAAUUCCAAGACUGAUCUGUGUCGAGAUUGCGCAAAUUGCUUAAGGAAUUUGAGGAACUCCUCAUCCAGCGACAAAAAGACUCCCAAUCCAGUGACGCACGGAUUUGCUUAUUUGUUGCAGCUGAAGGAUCGUUAA